AUGAUUUAUUUAUGUCUUUAUAUAGUUUUGUUAUACUCCAUUGUCCAUGAUGUGAUUGACAUUAACAACGGCGACAAUGAUGAUGAUAAUUUAGCAGUACUUGCUGAAAUAGCUCAUAAACAUGACAAGGGGAAGGCACUUGAAGCCGUUCAUGAGGACGUGCUUGGUAAAGCUGGUGUUCUCACGUUUGCCAGAGCUAGACGUAAGAGAGCAGCUGCCUCAAGUUUGACAAUCACUGAUGAACCCGAAAAUGAAACUCUGAGAAAACUUGGAAGUUUUAAGCAAUUUGACACUAUCAGUGACACUUCAGACCAUUACUUUAUUAAAAGUCAUUCCUCCAUGGCGUAUAACCGGGAAGAGUGGAAGAUUUUGGAGAAGCACUUGCCGGAUACAAUAUUUGUGAGAGUCUGUGAAUCAAGGAUGGAUCUCAUGAGGGCUGUGAUUAUUGGAGCAAAAGGGACUCCUUACCAUGACAGUCUUUUCUUUUUUGAUGUUUACUUUCCCCCUGGAUAUCCCAAUGAACCCCCGCAAGUCCACUACCAUUCUGGAGGUCUUGGACUCAACCCUAAUUUGUAUAGCAGUGGCUAUGUUUGCCUCAGUCUACUUGGCACCUGGGAGGGCGACGAGGAUGAGAUGUGGACUCCAGGUGUUUCAACAAUGCUACAAGUUCUAGUCUCCAUACAAGGUCUAAUCUUGAACGCAAAGCCUUACUUUAAUGAACCUGAAUAUGAAAGAGCGAGUGGCUCACCAGAUGGUGAAAAGAGAGCCCUGCAGUAUAACGAGGAUACAUUCAUUCUAUCAUUGAGGACAAUGACAUAUAUGAUAAGAAGUCCUCCUAAGAAUUUUGAAGACCUUGUUGUGGGGCAUUUCUACAGCCGAGCACACGAUAUUCUAGGGUCAUGUAAAGCAUACACAGAAGGUGUUCAAGUUGGUUGUUUUGUCAAAGGCGGGGUUGAAAAUGUUAAUAAGGGUAAAAGAAACUGCUCAUCUAAAUUUAAGACUGAUUUAGUUGAAUAUGUGAAAAUUCUUGUCACCGAGUCUGAAAGAAUUGGAGUUAAGGACUGUGAGAAAUUCACAGCUUAA